GAGGCGGGGAGAGGAGCCUGGGAAUCCGUCCGGGCCGAGCCAUGGCGUGGGCUGGAGGUUGACCUGAGCCGGGACCAGAGCGGGAGUGGCGUCUGCACAGAUGCCGUGAGCUGGCGCCAUGGCGGAGGAGUGGGCCCCACAGCUGGUGGACUACUUCGUGGUGGCCGGCUUGGCGGAGACCUCCAAGCCCCUGGAGGAUGAGGGGCAGCCCCCGCCACGCCCGGCCCGGCCCAGUGAGCCCAUUGUGGACGUGGCGGUCAUCGUCCGCUCCCAGGGCGAGGAGGUGCCCCACGGCUUCACCUGCAUCGACCGCACGGCCGCCGGGCACCCCGUGGAGCUCAACGCGGGGCUCCUCAACAACCCCCAGAUGUUCCUCUGCUACCGGAGGGGCCGGGACAAGCCCCCCAUCGUGGAGUUGGGGGUGCACUACGACGGGAAGGACCGCCCCAAGCCCGGCUUCAAGGUGGUCGACACGACUCCUUACAGCCACUCGGCCAACCUGGCCUCCGGGAGCCCCGGCCACCAGCGCACCUUCUUGAUGUACCGGCGCGCCACCGAGGGCCAGGCCCACAGCACCCUGGGCAUCACGGACAUCUGCCUCAUCAUGCCCAGCAAAGGGGAGAGCACCCCACACACCUUCUGCCGCGUGGACCGCAACCUCAACGCCGGGAUGUGGGGUCCUGCCCUCUUUAUCUGCUACAAGGUGGCGUUGGCCAAAGGGAACACUCUGGUUUACGAAGCAGGUCUCCUCAGUCGAUAUCCAAAGGAGGACAACGAGGCAUUCCCAUUGCCCGAGUCGGUGCCUGUGUUUUGCCUGCCCAUGGGGGCCACCAUCGAGAGCUGGCCGGCCGAUAGCAAAUACCAACUUCCCGUCUUCUCCACCUUCGUGUUGACCGGCGCCUCUGGGGACAAGGUCUACGGGGCGGCCAUCCAGUUCUACGAGUCCUUCCCGCGCGAGUGCCUCUCUGAGCGCCAGUGCCUGCGGCUGAACCUGCUGACGGUGGUCGACCGACGGCCCAUCACCAGCAAGUCGGUGCAGACGCGUAAGAGCAUCUGUCUCCUCUCCCACUGGCCUUUCUUUGACGUCUUUCGCAAGUUCCUCACUUUCCUCUACCGCUACAGUAUCUCGGGACCUCAUGUGCUGCCACUCGAGGCGCACAUCUCUCAUUUCAUGCACAAUGUUCCCUUCCCGUCUCCGCAGCGGCCCCGGAUCCUCGUUCAGAUGUCUCCCUACGAUAAUUUGCUCCUGUGUCAACCAGUCUCCUCUCCGCUGCCUCUAAGUGGCGCCAGUUUCCUCACUCUGCUGCAGACUCUGGGCCCCGAAAACGCCGUCGCACUUCUGGUGGCCAUUCUCACGGAGCAGAAGUUGCUCAUCCAUUCCUUGCGGCAGGACGUCUUGACCAGCGUGGGUGAAGCCUUGGUGUCGGUGAUCUUCCCUCUCCGUUGGCAAUGCCCGUACAUCCCGCUGUGCCCGCUCACAUUGGCCGAUGUGCUCUGUGCCCCGGUGCCCUUCAUCGUGGGUGUCCACUCCAGCUAUUUCGACCUCCACGACCCCCCGCAUGACGUCAUCUGCGUCGAUCUGGACACCAACACCAUCUUCCAAUGCGAGGAACGGAAGUUGCUGUCACCACGGUCGCUGCCCCGGAAACCAUGCAAGGUGCUCUUGGCGUCGCUGCACUCCCAGUACCAGCAACUAGAUGAAAUGUACAAUAGGCCGGUGGAAGAAGCCACCCUGGAAUUUCUGCUGACCGAUUACGACCUCAUCUAUGGGCGCCGGAAGCAGCUGGAACUGGACAUCCAAGGGGCCUUCCUCCGCUUCAUGGCUUGCCUCUUAAAGGGGUACCGCUCCUACCUCUUGCCUAUCACCCAGGCUCCCUCUGAAAAGACCCGUGACUCCAGCAGUCUCUUCUAUCUACAGGGCUUCCUGAAAUCCCGAGAUCGCGCCUACCACAAGUUCUAUGGGCAGCUCUUGCGCACCCAGCUCUUCACACAGUUCAUCGAGGAGUGUUCCUUCGUCAGCGACCGACACACCUGUCUGGAGUUCUUCGACUCCUGCGUUGAGAAGGUGCAGGUAGACCUGGAGAAACCUGAGGAAUUGCCCCUGAUUGAACUGGACGACACGCACGGCAGCGAGCAUACUGUUUUCAUCAUGCCUCCCGAAGAGCCCACCGGACCCAAUGGCACCGAAUUGCCACCCUGUUACCAAUAUGAUGGCUUCCCGAAGCUCCAGCCCAAACUUUUUGAGCGCCCGCAGGACCAGCUUAUGCCUUCACUCUGCCAAGCCCGGAGUAGCGCUCCCAGCAGCCCCGCACCUCGCAGGACCAAACAGGAGAUGAAGGUGGCCCAGCGGGUGGCACAGAAGUAUUCCUCCGUGCCCGAUAUGUGGGCCAAGUGUUUGCUGGGACACUGCUACGGUUUGUGGUUCAUUACGCUCCCCAACUACGUGCGCGCCGCCCCGUCGAAGGUCCGGGCGCUUCAGACAGCAUACGAGGUGCUCAAGCAGAUGGAGACCAAGAAGGUGGUCCUGCCAGAUGAGGUUUGCUACCGGAUCCUGAUGCAGCUGUGCGGACAGUAUGGCGAACCCAUCCUCUCGGUCCGAGUGUUGCUCGAGAUGAAACGAGCCGGCAUUGUACCCAACACAAUCACUUACGGCUACUACAACAAGGCCAUUUUGGAGUGCAAAUGGCCAUCGACAACCCAAGGUGGCCGCCUGCGUUGGGCCAAGUUGCGUAAUGUGGUGCUGGGGGCGGCGCAGUUCCGACAGCCUUUGCGCCAGAGGCAGCGCGAUGCAGAAUCACAGAGUAUCGGCACCCGGUCAGAGGGCCGAGGCACAAAAGCAUCCAGUUCGCGGUCCCGUUCCAAUCUGCAUCGGCAGACCACUUGGUCCGGGGGCAGCUUGACCGAGACUCUCCCCUGCACCUCUUUGGUAAAGAGCGGCAGCCUCAGUUUCCCUCAGCGCGAGACGGAAGCCGGAGCAACCCCAGCAACAAAAGCCUUGGCUGAGCCUCCCAGCGGAAGCAGCGAGACCCUCCCCGCUUUGCCCGCUUGGCUACGAGGCCGAAGGGACGGCCCCGGAAGCUCAGAAGAGGGCAGCCUCUCGGACGUCAGCAGCUUCCCGACGGACGAGAGCGACCGCUUGACCCUCAGUAGCGUGGACACCCAGCCUGGGUCGAGGCAGCAAGAACGAUCCUCGUCCGAAACCCGAGGUCUGGGGGGCACACCGCGCCGAAGCCUGUCCGCCAAGCUUCACCAGCUGCUGCUGUCGCCCAUCAAGCGGCCAUCGCUGAGGAACGUUGCUGCGACCACGACUGUGGAACAUCCGCAUCCACGUCCCGGGUCAGAACAGCGCGAUCUCCCGCCUCGCCGUAGCCCGCUGGAGAGCCACUUGCUGCUUCCUCGCGAGCGUCCGGGCUCCACAGCCUCUGAGAGCUCGGUGUCCCUGGGCAGCGAAUAUGAUCUCUCGGAUAACUCGGUCUGCAGCUUCAACCUCCGCAAAUCCAGCGACCAGCUUUCAGAGUCUCCAGCAGUUAAGGUUCUGCUUUCGAGCUGCUCGCGAUGCCAGGGCUGCGACUCCCUGGUGUACGACGAGGAGGUCAUGGCGGGGUGGAGCUCCGACGACUCCAACCUCAACACCACGUGUCCCUUCUGCGCCCGACCCUUCGUGCCCUUCCUCAACAUUGAGAUCCAGGACUUCCAGGUCCCUCCCAGCGUUGUGGAGAAUUCAGAUGCCAGUUCGGUCUCCGAUUGGCCACAGGAUGGCGAAGCGCCCGCCCCUGGUAGCCAGGGCCCCGUCCUGAGUGACCGCCAGCACUGCCUGUCGCUGGACGAGGCCGAGCCAGAACCCGGGCGCGAAUCCCGAGCGCCCUUAUGCAACGGUUUCACGGAGUCUCCGGUCCCCCGGACAGUGGCGUCCCGCGUGGAGCACCUGGCCUUUGCCUACCUGAGCCCCCUGGUCCUGCGCAAGGAGCUGGAGACCCUGCUGGAGAACGAGGGAGGGGAGUUCUUCUCCCAGCCAGAGCUGGUGGACAACCACCCCAUCAUCUACUGGAACCUCGUCUGGUAUUUCCAGCGCUUGGGGCUCCCCACCAGCCUCCCCCAGCUUCUUCUGGCCUCAAAGCACGUUCAAGCCACCUCCCAGAGUCCCACCCAGGAAGGGGCCCUCGUGAGCGUGCAUUUGCUCUGGGACGUCUUGACCCCGGAUCCGGACAGCUUCCCCCCGCUCUACGUCCUUUGGAGGUUCCACAGCAACAUCUCUACGCGGUUGCAGUCCUGGCGGCGGCACAACCACCCCUUUUCGCUGGCUUUUCUGGAGGCCGUGCUGAGCUCCGUGGGGCUGGGAGAGGUGCACAAGGCCAUCGCCCUCUUUUUGGAGACCCUGGCCGGGCAGCCCAGCCCCAUCCACAUACAGAGGAGCAUUUACCGGGAGAUCCUGUUUCUCAAGCUGGCCGCUUUGGGCAGAGACCACGUCGACCUGGCUGACUUUGACAAGAAAUACAAGUCCGCCUUCUCCAAGUUGGCCGGCAGCAUGGGCAAGGAGUCGCUGAAGCAGCGGAGGGCUCAGCCCCCCACUUCCAAGGCCAUCGACUGCCGGAAGAGCUUUGGGGCCAACCUGGAAUGCUAGCCCGGAAAGUGGGGGGCGGCUCCCCUCGUUCCCACCACCUCCCGUCCACCAACAUCCUCUCUUUUGCCCCCUACAAUCCCAGCAAGAUAGCAAAUAUUCCGGGACAGAACUGGAGCUGAUACCAAAUUGGGGCAGGAGGCGGUCGGCCGGGAUGACCCCCCCUCCCCCAUUUCCGAGGGACCCCAUUUUCUUUAGGGGGCAAAACUGGAAAAUAGGGAGUUGUGGGGUGAGAGAUAGCAAGACCACUCAAAAGGGGAAGGUCUUCCCACUCUUGGAAGGGGGCAUAGAUAAUUGGUAUGGCCAAUCUUGCCCCCCCCCCAAUUAAUUUCCUUUGGGGGAUGGAAUUGGAAAUGGGAAAGACCCCGGACCGGUUUGUGGGUUCCAUUCCUGGAAGACCAGGGUAACUGUAUGGGGAGAGAUCCCGGACCAAUGUGGGGGUCCCCUCAUUCUUUUCCCAUCCCACCAAGAAAAGGGGUUCCAUUGGCACGGUGGGCGGGUCUCAAGGACCACGUUUUGGGGAACACACCUGGGAGUAGGGCGAUGAUAAGGUGAGAGAGGCCAUUGGGGGGCACAAUGGGGAGCAGGGAAUUGGUACGGCGAGAGAGGUGUAGGCCCCCCAAUUCUUGGAGGGUCUCCCCAGCCUUUCCCACCGAGAAAAGAGGGUACCCUCCCCCUCUUUUUGGGGAAGAGAGGAUUAUAGAGGAAUGAAUCUAUAGGUCUCCCCUCUCCUUGGAGGGUUCCCCAUCUCGCGGGGAAAAGGGGGUCCCAUUGGCACCGGAGGGGGGGUCCCGUGGACCGCAUUUCGGGGUGCCGAGCUUAAGAGUAGCCCACUCCUGUCUUGACAAUGCACUUUGCAUGUGACACCCGGGCACGAUCCCCACGACCCCGCGUGCGUCCCGUCCCCCCGAACCCCGUAUGUGUGCCCCCCUUUUUUUCCUGCGUCUCCAUGGAACGUGUGUCCCUUUUUGGUGGAUGUUUCAUCCGUUCGCCGUCCAUCCGACGGCAACCGAAAUCCAUCUGAGUUCAGUUUGGGAGAAGAGAGAGCCCUAUAGAAAGCGGGGUGUGUCCCCCUCUUCCUGUGACAACCCCCCCCCCAUACACACACACAUACACACACAAACAUCGUUGCCAAGUUGGAUUCUAUUUUUACCGUCCGUGUUUUGAGGGGAAGAAGGAGGAAAGCUGUUUUAUAAUUUAUUUAUUAUUUUCCGCGUCCGUCCCACCCUUUUCGGCGGUGCAGAACGGACCGGAUUCUGCCGUGCCCGAAACCCACCCAUCCAGCAUGGCUGAUAAAAGGGAGUUUUGGGAAUUGUUAUCCCUUCAAAAACAAAAAAAAUGAGCUCUGGAAGAGGAUUUGACCUUGCUCCUCCCUCUCUCUUCAUUGCGUUCGUGCCUCUUUGGGCCAGCCCCCCAAUUCGUUGCAGAGACUGUUUUGCCCCCCAUUUCUUUGCUGACGAAGCGUAAAACGGGAAAGAAAGGGGUCGUGCGGUUUAACACAAACACACUUGGUCUCCUCAGGGCUCGAAUUGUGCAAUACGGAGUCAACCUCCAUCACGCCUCUCUUCCAUUUGUUGUAUCGUUCUUUCCUUUUUUUUCCCCCCCGUUCGUUUUGUUCCUUUUGUUCGUCCGUUCGUUUCCGACGUUCCCGGUUCUGUAAAUAAAGAUGCUUCUGUAUUUUCCA